CACCUCCAUGCGCGAAAGUGUGCGCGCGCGAAAGAGAAAUGCAGCGCGAGCUUUAGACUGGACAGCCUGAAUAAGCGCCAUCCGCCGCCACUACGCGCACGAGGGAAAAGGCAGUGAAAACCACGCGUUUACUACCCGCAGCAGACAGGGUCGUCCAGGGGAAGACCACCGCAAACGAGAACUGAGGCAUCAUGGGAGGGAAACUGAGCAAGAAAAAGAAGGGAUACAAUGUGAACGACGAGAAGGCGAAAGACAAGGACGCCAAAGCCGAGGGAGCAUCAGGAGAGGAGAGCGAAGCUCCCAAGGACAAGAAGGAGGACGCGCCGGCUGCCACAGAGACCACCGAGACAGCCAACGACACGGCGGCGGCCACCAAAGAUGCCACACCCGCUGCGGAGAGCAAUGCAACCAAGGCCAAGGAGGAGGAGAAGAACGCCACCCCAGCGGCCAAGGAGGAGAAAUCGGCGGCUAACGCCACGGCAGCCUCCGACGCCAAGAGCGGCGACUCUGCCAAAGCGGAACCCGCCAAGAGCCCAGAGGCCCCGCCCACCAAGGCCGAGGAGAAAGCCGCCCCAGCCACCGAUAAAGAGUCGGCGAAGGAAAGCACUCCUGCUCCCAAAGAGCCCACCCCGGCAAAGGAGCCCGCCCCCGCCGCGGCGACGGAGAGCAAGGCAGAUGCUGAGGCUAAAAAGACUGAGGCUCCGCCCACCAAGGAGCCCGCCUCCGCAGAGCCUGUAACCACUGAGACCAGCCCUGCCCCCAGUAAGGAGCAGACAGUUGCCGUGCAAGAUUAACGGACAGAAGCGAACAAAACGGAACGAAGGAGAAAGAUAAAUAAAGAUGAAAAAUAUGAUCCGAUAAAAAUAGCAAAACUAGCCCUGCAAGUUAUUAAAUUGAAACAAUAAUAAUAUCGAUAAUAAUAAUAGUAAUAAUGAUAUUGACUUUGACAACAAGCAAGACUCAAACAUCUCAAUGAUUUUACUGAUGAUGAUGAUCACAAUGAAGAUGAUGAUGAAGAUGAUGAUGGUGACUUUAUGAGCAUAAUGUGUAGAGAGAUAAUAUUGAUGAGGUUUAGCAUGAUGAUGAUGAUGACUUAUAAUUUAUGAAUGAUGAUGAUGAUGAAGAGGUUUAGUUUAGAGUUAUGAAGAUGAUGAUGAUGAUUAUGAUGAUGAUUAUGAUGAUGAUAACGAUGACUAAGAACCUGGUGCUGCUGAUUAUUGUUGUUGUCACAGUUAUUAUUGUUAUUUAAACUUUGAUACUUAAACGAGUCCACCAGCCCCCCAAUCUAACUCUUUCCACAUCUCUCCCUCUCUCUCCCUCUCUUUCUCUCUCUGUUUCUCUCGCUCCUUUCAUUCCUCCAUCUGACAAAUGAAUGGUCAAAAUGAAAGAGUGAAACUGAGUGAAACUGGUUCUUUAAAGGCCACACUCACACACACGCAAAUCUCACCUCCCUGUUCUUAAUCUUUUGAGAUGGGUCUGAGUGUGUGGGUGUGUGUGUUUAUGUGAGAGUGUGUGUGUGUGAGUGUGUGUGUACGGUGAUGUAGCAUUCUGUUGGUUAUCUUCUCUUUGCUGCUGUCUGGUUCGUGCUUGGUCAUUUGCAGUGGUUGAAGUUGUGUCUUUGCCUCUGUUAUCUUGUCUUUUCUGACUCAUCAUCGCCUCUGAUGGAUCUCCCCCAUAUUGAUGGAGUUAAAAUCAGUGUGUACAGCACAAUGUCAUGCACACAUACACAAGCACACACACAAACACACACACACACACAUGCACAUGCAAAUGCACAUUCUAGAGAUGCAAAGAAUAUUUGGCAACCAAAACUACCGUAACGAGUCAUUUAUUUAAAGUGAUAUUUCAGUAUUUUCUCUAUCAAGGGAACUGAGAAUUUUUUUAAGAGUUUAGAUAUGAGCUGUACUGGGCUAGGAUAGUAAUGUUAGAUUAAAUAGCUAACUUAGCCUUAGCAUUUGUUUGCUUACCGAAAGACUGGCUGCCUUUCUCUGUGCAAAUGUUACUAUAAUGUGACCUAACUGUCACUGCUGAGGUGAAUAUGAUAGAAGAAUAGAACUACUAAUUAAAUUUGUAAUUAGAGCAGCAUUGCUGAGGUAAUUUCAUGGUUGCAAAUUUAAGGUCAGAAUAACACUGGUGAGGUAAUAUCAUGAUUGGAGUAGCACUGCUGAGGUAAAUUCAUGAUUACAAUAGCACUGCUGAGGUAAAUUCGUGAUUACAACAGCACUACUGAGGUAAAUACGUGAUUACAAUAUCACUGCUGAGGUGAAUUCUGAUUAGAGUUGCACUCCUAAGGUAAAUUCUUGAUUGGAAUAGCACUAAAUAAGUCGCUGGUAGUUUUUUAAAACAUCAUUUUGGCUAUAAAAGUCAAAAAAUGAAGGAAAAGCUGUGAAUUUACUAUUUGGCCUUUGGUUUUGGUUAAAUUCAAUUCAGUGCAUCUCUAACACACACACACACACACUCACACAAAGAGUGAGAGAGUCUGUUUUUAUUGAAGGUGGUAAUGCAUUAAAAUGUGUGCGUGCAUUUUUGAAGUCUUUCACUGUUCAUUGGUAUGAUGUGUAGAAAUAGAAAUGUGUGUGUGAGAGAGUGAGUGAGUGUGUGAGUGCGUGUGUGAGUGUGUUUGAACGAGCUAGUAUGUGUGUGUGUGUGUGUGUGUGUGUUUGCAUGGGGACCUAGUCUGCCUUCUUAAUGAUAAAGCAGUGGUUGCCAUGGCAUUAGUACAUGAUGAGAGAGAGCGAGAAUGAGAGAGAGAGAGAGAUUCAGUGUGUACUACAGACUUUAACAUUCAUCAGACAAACACACAACUCUUUGUGUGAGAGUGCUUGUGUGUGAGAGAGUGUGUGUGUGUGUGUAAGAGAGUGUGUGUGUGUGUGUGUGUGUUGUAACAGAUUUCUUGCAUGUCGGUUGUUGAGUGGCCCUGUAGUGUAAUUAUUUUGGUUGCUGUGGAAUAAUGUUGUUACAGUUGAUAUUCUAAUAUUGUAUUCCAUUUUAACAAAUGCACGGACAUACCAACAGACUCUCUCUCUCUCUCUCUCUUUCUCUCUAUCUAUCUAUCUCUCUCUCUCUCUCUCUCUCUCUCUCUCUGUGGACAUCCCUUGCAGAAAUGAAACAGAACGUAAACUGGAUGAUUUGAGAUUAUAUGUUCUUGUAUAGAUGGAGCAACAAGUAAUAAAAUGUAAGAAACUGAUUGACA